GGCGCGAGCCAGUAGGCCGGGGGUGGGGAUGUUGGGUGCUGGGGUUGCUGUUGCUCGCGGGGGGCAGCUCUAUGCUCCGUGCGGCCCAGUCCUCGUCGGAGAAAACUGGCAGACCCGUCUCUUUCUUCCUCUUUAGCGAAGGCCUGCCAGCCGCCGCUCUUUCAGCCCUGCGUCCCUCGCGUCGGACGCCGAGGUCGCGUCUCCGCAGCCUCUCCGGGCUGCUCCUGCAGCCCUCAGUAUAAACAUGGCGGGGCGGGCAGGGGGCGGGACCCUGCUGUCACUCGGCCGGCGUGCUGUGGGCCGGGCUCUCCGGCGGCGGCCGUACCCAAACGUGGAGACUUGGCAGAGAAGCGGAGCCACGCUGAUCUCAGAAAGAACGACGGGACCUUCUUAGCCCUGCCAGAGCCACGGAGGUCACCCUGGACAGUGUCACUUGGUGGAGGAGAAGGACUGUGAAAACUUGGUUGAGAGCCAGGUAGUAGCCACUUGCCUGCCAUUGCCGAGCCAAGUGGCAGCCCAGAACCCAGGAGCAGCAAGUGGCUACAGGUCCUAGACACAGAGAGGACAUGAAUGUGGGGGUGACCUCCCCCACGCCCCUCCCCACAGCCACAGACCCAAGCAUGGUAAAACCUGCCUUCUCCCUUGUGGACUACGUGGUCUUCAUCCUGCUGCUGGUUCUCUCCCUCGCCAUUGGGCUCUACCAUGCCUGUCGUGGCUGGGGCCGGCACACCAUCGGGCAGCUGCAGAUGGCCAACCGCAAAAUGGGCUGCCUUCCCGUGGCGCUGUCCCUGCUGGCCACCUUCCAGUCGGCCGUGGCCAUCCUGGGCGUGCCGUCUGAGAUCUACCACUACGGGACCCAGUACUGGUUCCUGGGCUGCUCGUAUGUCCUGGGGCUGCUGAUCCCCGCACACAUCUUCAUCCCCGUCUUCUACCGCCUGCACCUCACCAGUGCCUAUGAGUACCUGGAGCUCCGAUUCAAUAAAACUGUGCGAGUGUGUGGGACCUUGACCUUCAUCUUCCAGAUGGUGAUCUACAUGGGGGUGGUGCUCUACGCGCCGUCGCUGGCCCUCAAUGCAGUGACCGGCUUUGAUCUGUGGCUCUCAGUGCUGACCCUGGGCAUCGUCUGUACCGUCUACACUGCCCUGGGUGGGCUGAAAGCAGUCAUCUGGACAGAUGUGUUCCAGACACUGGUCAUGUUCCUAGGGCAGCUGGCGGUCAUCGUCGUGGGGUCGGCCAGGGUGGGCGGCUUGGGGCACGUGUGGGAUUUGGCUUCCCAGCGCGGCCUCAUCUCUGGGAUCAACCUAGACCCAGACCCUUUUGUGCGGCAUACUUUCUGGACCUUGGCCUUCGGAGGUGUCUUCAUAAUGCUGUCCUUGUACGGGGUGAACCAGGCUCAGGUGCAGCGCUACCUCAGCUCCCGCACGGAGAAGGCCGCUGUGCUCUCCUGCUAUGCGGUCUUCCCCUGCCAGCAGGUGGCCCUCUGCAUGGGCUGCCUCAUUGGCCUGGUCAUGUACGCCUACUACCAGGAGCAUCCCAUGAGCACGCAGCAAAGUCAGGCAGCCCCCGACCAGUUUGUCCUGUAUUUUGUGAUGGAUCUCCUGAAGGACUGGUCAGGCCUGCCCGGACUCUUCGUUGCCUGCCUCUUCAGCGGCUCCCUCAGCACCAUAUCCUCCGCUUUUAAUUCCCUGGCCACCGUUACGAUGGAAGACCUGAUUCGACCCUGGUUCCCGCAGUUCUCAGAAGUCCAGGCCACCAUGCUUUCCAGAAUCCUUGCCUUUAGCUACGGGCUGCUUUGCCUGGGAAUGGCCUAUAUUUCCUCCCAGAUGGGACCAGUGCUGCAGGCGGCCAUCAGCAUCUUCGGCAUGGUGGGGGGGCCGCUGCUGGGACUCUUCUGCCUCGGGAUGUUCUUUCCUUGCGCCAACCCUCCUGGUGCCAUUGUGGGCCUGCUGGCUGGCCUCAUCAUGGCUUUCUGGAUCGGCAUUGGGAGCAUAGUGACCAGAAUGGGCUCCGGCAUGGCAUCCUCACCCUUGAAUGGGUCCAGCUUGUCCCCGUCCGGCAACCUGUCCACUAUCACCAUGACCACGCUGAUGCCCUCAACCACCCCCUCUAGGCCCACGGGGCUGCAGCAGCUCUACUCCCUGUCGUAUUUGUGGUACAGCGCUCACAACUCCACCACGGUCAUUGUGGUGGGCCUGGUUGUCAGCCUCCUCACUGGGGGAAUGCGGGGCCGGACCCCGGACCCUCGGACCAUCUACCCAGUGCUGCCAAGACUCCGUGCUCUCCUGCCUGUGUCCUGUCGGAAGCGACUUCACUACAAAAGCUACAGCCAGGGCCCCUCUGUGAACACCGCGGGGUCCCCGGAGAAGAUGAGCAACGGGAUGCUGAAGGGCUGCGGUGACAAGGAGGCUGUGGCCGUGCCUGAGGAAGGCCCAGUCUGCCAGGGCAGCAGCCCCACCUUCACCCUCCAGGAGACCUCACUGUGACCUGGACUCGAGAACCAGCCCUAGUCUCCCCUGUGGUACAGGGAGGGACUAGUUGGUGUGUUCUGCAGGGACUGGAUGACCUAGCUUGCACCAAAGGACCUUGUGCUUAGGGGUCUGUGCUGCGGUGGCAGCCUCCAGGGCAUGGGAGGUAUGAGGACAGGACAGGACUUUGCCAGGAAAGAGGAUAGCAGGGAAAAUGAUAAUGGCUUCUGGGAAUCCCCUGGGAAAAUGGUAAUGGCCUCUGAUCAAACUCCACCAAGCUCUCUGAAGUGGAUGGGAACCGCAGUGCAGGUUCCAGCUGCCGUGGGGCCUGAUCUGACAACAGUGACCACCUCUACCGUAAACUAGCUGUUGCUUCCCUCCCAGUCUCACCUAAGUACAGAUUCUGUCUGCCACUAAGGGCCUCUGUGACCCUUAUGUUCAGGUUGUCUGUGACACCCAGACCCCCUCACUCUUACCUGUCUACCUCCAUUUUUGAGAGGGAGGUUUUGGUGUUCCUGGGAGGCCUUUUGGGAUAGACAGAUACAUUCGUCUCCUUUGUGUCGAGUAGGGGAAGCUUUCCACCUCACUGCCCCGCCCCACCUCUGCUGGGCACUUGGGGAUGGGGCAGAUGUUGAUCCAAGAAACCAGGCAUGACCAGGUACACUGUGGAAUGUCCAUCCUGACCUCUGAGCCACACUGCCCUAGUAUCAUUUUGUCAUCUGUGCUCCUGUUAACGUUUGGAGUUUCUCCCCCAAGUACCUUUGUUCCUAGGGAAUAAAAACUAACAUCGGAACUGGAA